CCAGCCUGGACCGGACGCGGGGCAGGAUGGACUCCCUCUCGGCUUACGACAAAGAUGUGAGCAGUGGGAGUUAUAACCUUUCCACCACAACCACGGGCAGCUACUACAGUUGUGUCAGCCAGAUCACCAUAGGUUACGACGUUUCUGGGCCUGUUGCAAUUGGGGUGACCCACUGGAAAAAUCCAUAUGCCCAAGGCCGACCUACCGUCCCAUCAGACCUGCCUCUCUUCGUCUCCAAAGAUGCAGGCAUCCCCGUGUACCACCAGUCCCUCACCCGCAAGACUGAGCUGGCCACGCCUCUGUCUUGCCCAGCUUCACUGUCCAUCACUCCAGUGCCUUCUUACAGCAGCAGCAGCCAGGAAACCCUGAGUCAAGACACGACAGGUUUAAGUUUAUCUAUUCAUGGGGCUGAAAAGCGUUUGCAAAUCCAUCAACGGCGAAGUGUGGCAAGCCACCCAAGGUCGCGUCGCCUGCCCGUGGUCAGGCAUUCUUCACUCCCACCAAGUAGGAGGUCAAUAAAAAUGGAGGCAAGCUCUUCUGGAAUCACUAAUGGGAAAACCAAAGCCUUCCACCCAGAUGGGGGGUUAGAUUUAGUCAGGGCUGCAUUUUGCCAAAGAAUUAGGAAAAGAGUGAUUGGGAUUCACAGGACAUACUCGCUCUUCUAUCCAGCCAAGCCUUCUGGACGCCUGGAUUUACCAUCCUAUACUGAGUCCCCGUCUUUUGUGUUUCAUGGGGAAGAAGGAGGCUACCAGCUGGAUAUGCAAAUACUCCCCGACGGCCCAAAGAGUGAUGUGGACUUUUCAGAGAUUCUUAAUGCAAUUCAAGAAAUGGCCAAGGACGUCAAUAUUCUUUUUGAUGAGUUAGAAGCUGUCAACAGUCCUUGCAAAGAUGACGAUUCUCUCCUUCACCCUGGAAACCUGACCAGUACUUCAGACGAUGCUAGCAGACUGGAAGCAGGGGGAGAGACAGUGCGGGAAAAAACCAAAUCAAAUGGACUUUACUUCAGAGAUGGAAAGUGUCGAAUUGACUACAUUCUUGUGUACAGAAAAUCCAACCCCCAGACGGAAAAGAGAGAAGUGUUUGAAAGAAAUAUUAGAGCAGAAGGUUUACAAAUGGAGAAAGAGUCCUCUCUAAUAAAUAGUGACAUUAUCUUUGUGAAGUUGCAUGCCCCGUGGGAAGUGCUUGGAAGAUACGCAGAACAAAUGAAUGUAAGAAUGCCUUUCAGGAGAAAAAUCUAUUACCUGCCCCGCCGGUACAAGUUCAUGAGCAGGAUCGAUAAACAAAUAAGCAGGUUUCGGAGAUGGUUACCUAGGAAGCCAAUGAGGCUGGACAAGGAUACACUGCCAGACCUGGAGGAGAAUGACUGCUACACUGCCCCUUUCAGCCAGCAAAGGAUCCAUCACUUCAUCAUACACAACAAAGACACUUUCUUCAACAACGCCACGAGAAGUAGAAUCGUACACCAUAUUUUACAAAGAAUAAAGUAUGAAGAAGGAAAAAACAAAAUUGGUCUGAAUCGCUUGCUUACCAAUGGCUCCUAUGAAGCUGCGUUCCCUCUGCACGAGGGAGGUUACAGAAGUAAAAACUCCAUUCGAACCCACGGCGCGGAAAACCACCGACACCUGCUCUAUGAGUGCUGGGCCUCCUGGGGCGUGUGGUACAAAUACCAGCCUUUGGAUCUAGUCAGGCGGUACUUUGGAGAGAAGAUUGGGCUGUAUUUUGCCUGGUUGGGCUGGUACACCGGCAUGCUCUUCCCAGCUGCCUUCAUUGGACUGUUUGUCUUUUUGUAUGGAGUCAUUACCCUGGAUCACUGCCAAGUCAGUAAAGAAGUCUGCCAAGCUACAGAUAUCAUCAUGUGUCCUGUGUGCGAUAAAUACUGUCCAUUCAUGAGGCUGUCAGACAGCUGUGUUUAUGCCAAGGUCACCCACCUUUUUGACAAUGGAGCCACUGUCUUCUUUGCUGUGUUCAUGGCAGUCUGGGCAACAGUUUUCCUGGAGUUUUGGAAAAGACGGCGAGCAGUAAUUGCUUAUGACUGGGAUUUGAUAGACUGGGAAGAGGAAGAGGAAGAAAUACGGCCCCAGUUUGAAGCCAAGUAUUCCAAGAAAGAGCGGAUGAAUCCCAUUUCGGGAAAGCCAGAACCAUACCAAGCGUUUACAGAUAAAUGCAGCCGGCUGAUCGUGUCUGCAUCAGGAAUAUUUUUUAUGAUAUGUGUGGUGAUCGCCGCUGUGUUUGGGAUCGUCAUUUACAGGGUGGUGACUGUCAGCACUUUUGCUGCCUUCAAGUGGGCGUUAAUCAGGAAUAACUCUCAGGUUGCGACCACAGGGACUGCCGUGUGCAUCAACUUCUGCAUCAUCAUGCUGCUGAAUGUGCUCUAUGAAAAAGUUGCGCUUUUCCUGACCAAUUUAGAACAGCCUCGCACGGAGUCGGAGUGGGAGAACAGCUUCACCCUGAAAAUGUUUCUUUUUCAGUUUGUCAAUCUGAACAGCUCCACGUUUUACAUCGCGUUCUUCCUCGGGAGAUUUGCAGGACACCCAGGUGCCUACUUGAGGCUGAUAAACCGGUGGAGACUAGAAGAGUGCCACCCCAGUGGAUGCCUUAUUGAUCUCUGUAUGCAAAUGGGUAUUAUAAUGGUGCUAAAGCAGACCUGGAAUAAUUUCAUGGAGCUUGGCUACCCGUUAAUUCAGAACUGGUGGACUAGAAGAAAAGUGCGACAAGAGCAUGGGCCUGAAAGGAAAAUAAGAUUCCCACAAUGGGAAAAGGACUACAACCUUCAGCCGAUGAAUGCCUACGGACUCUUCGAUGAAUACUUAGAAAUGAUUCUUCAGUUUGGAUUCACAACUAUCUUCGUGGCAGCUUUUCCCCUAGCACCACUUCUGGCCUUACUGAAUAACGUAAUUGAAAUUCGACUUGAUGCUUACAAAUUUGUCACACAAUGGAGGCGACCUUUAGCUUCAAGGGCCAAAGACAUAGGAAUUUGGUAUGGAAUUCUUGAAGGCAUUGGAAUUCUCUCUGUUAUUACAAAUGCGUUUGUCAUAGCGAUAACAUCUGACUUUAUUCCUCGCUUGGUGUACGCUUAUAAGUAUGGACCUUGUGCAGGCCAAGGAGAAGCUGGGCAAAAGUGCAUGGUUGGCUACGUGAAUGCUAGCUUGUCUGUGUUUCGAAUCGCUGACUUUGAGAACCGAUCUGAGCCUGAGUCUGAUGGCAGUGAGUUCUCGGGGACUCCUCUCAAGUACUGCAGAUACCGGGACUACCGGGACCCUCCUCAUUCACUGGUGCCCUACGGCUACACACUGCAGUUCUGGCAUGUCCUAGCAGCUCGACUGGCUUUCAUCAUUGUGUUUGAGCACCUCGUGUUUUGUAUAAAGCACCUCAUUUCAUAUCUGAUCCCAGACCUCCCAAAAGAUCUAAGGGAUCGAAUGAGAAGAGAGAAGUACUUGAUUCAGGAGAUGAUGUAUGAAGCAGAACUGGAGCGUCUCCAGAAGGAACGAAAGGAGAGGAAGAAAAAUGGCAAAGCACACCACAACGAGUGGCCGUGACGAGGUCAUAGUUCAUUCCCAGGCUAAAGACCUGAUUUCUGUUUACUUCUCCUGGCUGUGCAAAAGCACACUCAAGUGAAUGACUAAAAUGCAAGCGCAGUGCAUGUCGCAGACAUCGGCAGCAGCAGGGGGAGUCGGCACCCUUAAAGGACUGCCUGCGAAAGCACCGUGCAGUCCAGCACACAAUUGCUAUCUAUCCGUAGACCAUUCUCGACCAAGCAAGCAUGCACAUCAUGGGCAGUCACAUUCUCAAGUUUUUAAAACCAAGGGGAACUUGUAUACUGGGCCUGUUUUUCAGCCUGUUUGCUACCUUUUUUGCAUUCUAUCCCAUCGGAAUUUUACAGACACUGGGCUAACAAUGGUAUUCGGACACCUGGACACACAUUCCUAGAAUGUCAUCGUAUGGUCCUAAUUCCAUGUCAC